ACUGCUCGCUGUGCAACAAGUAAAAACAAAAGUGACAGACAGUGAAGCACAAUGCCCUGUUUUAAAUAUGGAAGAGGAAACGGAGCUUGCAAUUGCUUGCAGGACAUUAGAUUUGUACGCCGACAACUUUAAGUGUACAGAGGCGAUUGCAGAACCGAGCUUCAUGCUGGAAGGAGCACAAAAAGGCCUCUGUCUAUCUACAUGCGACAGCGUGCCGACAACUGGAUUGAACGCGGAUCAUUUCAAUAUUUCUGGAGCAGGAAGAAAUGCCUUACCUGUUCAAGCCUGCGUCGCUACGGACACAAAUAACAACAUCACAGAUGGGCUGGAAGGCGAUCUGGAUGUCUGCUGGGCAGCUGACAGGACAACGGACACAACAGAGGACCUGCUCUGUUUGAUGGCAGGUGGACAAUGUGGUACACGUGCAGGACUUACAGAAGACCUUGCACAUUUUUUUUCUCACUCGUUUCACUCCAGUACAGAUCACAGCAUGACCUUAAACAACGUAGAAAAAGUUUCCAGGGCUGCUAAUAGUACAAACACGUGCAGCACUGAUGGCAAAACAGACUUUUAUGAGUAUAAAGAAGAUGAGGAGAGGAUGGAUUCACACUGGGGUGCCAAGAUGCAGCACGUGGAUCAGGACCCAUUUAUCUCUCCUGACUUGGGAGUUCUACCAGAUGAUUUAUCUGAAUACUUGAAUAAUGAUGAAGAUAACUUUUUUGUGGAUGACCUCUUUGACAGUCCAUUGCUGAAUUGUGAGGAAAUCAUCACCUGCACUGAUCUUCCCAUGGCAACAGAGCUGCUCUGCCUAGACAGCCAGCAGCAGGGACAGAAGAACGAAAUAACAGGAGAAACAAAUAACAGGAGAAAAAGACCCAGAGCUCCCCGAUCACAACGGUGCACUGAUGAGAACACACCAUCUAGGCCAAAAAGGCAAAGAGCAGCAGGACGAUCAAAAACCAAAGUGGCUGAGCCAACUGUCACUCAAGGCACUGACAAUGGGUCAGAGAGGAGUUUAGCAGAGUCGGUGGGCCCCUCCCCCACUCAGCAAAUCCUUCAUCUCCAUCCCUCCAUUCAGUUUAUCACCAUCCCAGACUCUCCAGGGUAUCAGGUGGUUCAGACACUGAGGCUCUCUCCUCCAGUUAUUGGACUUCCGCUCCCCAACACACCUGCUACACCUAGGUUCAUAUUAGUUCCUGCUGCCUCACCACCCUUCCAACGCCAAGUGCCACCACUCUCCCCGAUUGGCGGUGCAGUAGCGCCAGUCCAAAUGAGUUCAUCCCCACCAGGAUCUCUGUCAGACACCGCUAGCAAAGCCAUGUCUCACCCUUGUGCCUCACCCCUCUCCCCCAGCAAUGAAAUGUCUACAUGUAAGGAAUCCCCUCUUCCUCCAUUUGCCACUGUCCUUGAUAUUCCACUGGUUGUAAAGGACUACAUUCAGGAGGCCAAAGCACACAUGAGUCAAACCUGCCAGGAUAUGGGGUCAGACCUUAGCCUGACUUCUCAUUAUGUGAACGUGCAACUGAGCCAGAGAGAGAUUCUUCGCUCUGGAAAAAACACAAACAAAGACCUGGACAAGGAGCUGGUCAUCAUGGGAGAUACAGAUCGUCAAAAAAGCAUGUUGGGGCACAGUCAUAUCUUUAAAGACUCAAAUGGUGACAAACCCAGACGCUACAUAAUGCUACUUGGCAAUGCUGGCAUGGGAAAAACCACCCUCAUCAGGAAACUGUGUCUCGACUGGUCCAGAGACUGCAUCCCACAGUUUGACUUUGUCUUCUCUUUAGACGGCAAAGCACUCUCUUUAACAGAGCCGAACAAUAGCCUUCAGACCCUCCUAUUAAACCUUUCCUCCUUUGCCCCUACCUGCAUGGACCCCGACGCGGUGUACGCUCAAAUCCUUGCAGCCCCUAAGCGUGUGCUCAUCAUUUUUGAUGGCUUUGGCGAGUUACGGGACUAUGAAAUUCUUCUCCAGACUCAAGAAAAAGACUUGAUAUCUUCAUUGCAGAAAGACAGUAAAGCACAGACCUACACAGUAAAACAAUUAUACUCUGCCAUCCUUCAGAGGGUCCUCCUCCCAGGCUGCACUCUUCUGCUCUCCACACGACCAAGAGGCACUGCCAGCCAGCUACUCCGGCGGACGGACAGCCUUUUGGAGGUUUGUGGCUUCACCCCCGCAGACAUAGAGAUAUAUUUGUCCCAGUACUUCACUGACCCUGGCCUCAGAGCAUCUGCUUUGGACCGCUUGAAAAACUGCAGCUAUCUACAUCUCCUCUGCUGGAACCCUGGACUGUGUCGGUUGGUCUGCUUGGUUUUAGAACAGUGCAAAGGUUUAGAGGUCUUGCCGAGAACUUUAACCGGGCUCUGCCAUCAAGCGCUUCGUCUGAAAAUGGAAAAGGACAGUAGGAGCGCACACUCGCAGGCGGAAGCUCAAUCAGAAAUAUCUGUGCAAUCGGCAGAAGAAACCCAGACACAAAUCUCAAGUAGUUCUCAAGUUACGAGGGGUAACAAAAACACCCCGACGAAGUCCAGAGCACAGGCUCGCACUCGCAGCCAAAGAGCGAGGGGGUCAAAAAAACAGGAGAAAGAGGAAGAUGGCAUUGAUGGAGAGGGGACGCAGAGUGUUGUCGGGGAUGUAGAUAGAACAGAGGAGAGAGAGUUGCUGUCCCAGCUGAGUUCUUUGGCCUGGGAUGGGGUCAAAGCAAACUCCUCCAUCCUCCCCACGAGACGGACUGUAUCUGCCAAACUUAAGGCGUUCGGCCACAGGACAGGGCUCUUCUUCUCUUACCAUCUGAGGACGAGGCAGGUUGUCUCAAGUGGCGAGAGAGAGGGAGGAGGAAGGGAGGACAGAGAAGAAACGGGAACAGGAGAGGAUGGAGAAAAGAGGGGAAACAAGGGGAGGACGGACACUGAAAACGCUGACGCCAGUGAUGACCACAUCCUGUUGUGGGCCAACCCUUUUCUUCAGAGUUACCUGGCAGGGCUCCAUUUGUCUCUGUCAAGGACUGUAACAGACCGUGCUUUCCUCCAGACCCUCCCUUUCCAGUCAGGCCAGAAGGGACGUCGUCGACCACAAAGGGAAGAGCUCGAACUCACUCAGCGAUUUGCCGUCGGGCUUCUGUUCCACAACAGGACAGAGCUGCAGAGGCUUCACUCAUACACAGAGACAGCCUUCAGAGAUAUGAUGGCCGCCAAGCAGGCUUUAGUAACAAACCACCUUGAGGGUCUUUCCCAUGGUGACCUGAACCCCGCCCAGGUCCUGGAGGCAUGUCACUAUGUUUAUGAGGCGAGUUCCACACAUGGUAACGGUAGCAGAAACAGUGGCAGCACGCGAUUAGUCGCUCACCUGGCAGCAAAUCUCCCAGAAGUCCUGACAUUUCGCGGAGUUCCACUCAAGCCGUCGGACAUGUUCCCUGUGCAGAACGUUCUUGAAAGGGGUGGAACUAAAGGUAGACGGUUCUGUUUGGAUCUGGAGGAUUCUGGGAUACAGAUUUCGGGACUCAGAUCUCUGGUGGGGCUCAACAACAUCAACACAUACAGGGCAUGCAUUGCUGAUGUCAUCACCUUAUGGGAGCAGUUAGAGCAGAGUGGCGAAGAAGGGCUCCUACAAGGGAUGGUGUCCAAAUUCAAGAUCCACCCUCUGAAGGCCACACAGGUGUGUCACAUAGAGCACUUGGCAAAGCUGGUGAACAUACAUACGCACAAAAAGCUGUCGGACAGUUCCAGCCAAUCAGAUUCCAUCCUGGCCGAGGGAGUACCAGCUGUCAAAGAGCUACACAAGCUGGAGCUUGAACUUGGUCCAGAGAAAGGUCCCCUGGUUCUUCCCAAGCUGUGGGAGCUCCUGCCAGGUCUACAUAACCUACAGCACUUAGAUCUAGAGAACAGUAAGAUAGGGGACGAAGGGGCAGAGAAAUUGACUGAUGCUUUAGUCUCACUUGGUUCCCUGGAGAUACUUAAUCUGUCACAGAAUUGUAUAGGAGACAAGGGGGUGACAAAACUGGCAACCACGUUGAGGGCCCUGCCCAAACUGCACUGUUUAAGUCUCUACAGUAACGUGAUUUCUGACGAAGGGGCGGAGAGUUUAGCAGAUGUCCUGCCACACAUGGCUUCGCUCACUAACCUGGAUGUCAAGUACAACAAGCUAACAGAUGUUGGAGCUCAGAGCCUGGGAGCCAGUCUGAAAAACUGUAAGAAAAUGAAGACCUUGAGGAUGUGGAACCAGUGUAUUCCAUACGGAGUGUUUGAGAGACUUCAGCAGCAGGACAACCGGAUCCUUUUGCAGUAGAACGAUAUGAAACCUCUACCACAAGGCUAUGCACUUUUUUUUUUUUUAUCAUGCAUCUCAGGCAUACAUGUUUACACUACACAAUCCAUUUUCUAAAGCAUGUUUGUUAAAUAGAGAGAGAGAGAGACAGACAGAGAGAGAGAGAGAGAGAGAGAGAGAGAGACGGAGAGACACAGAACUUUAACAGAAAAUGCAAAAUGAUUUGCUGCUUUCUUCAACAGUUCAUUUUACCAGAUUCUUUCAAAGAUUCUACUCAGUGACACAGAGUAAUACUUCAUCCUUCAGUGUUACACAGUACUGCAUGUGUAUACUGUAUGGGUUUGUGGUAAUGCUUGGUACAAAUUUAAGAAGCACAUUUGCACUAUGUUACUUGUCUUUAUGCAGUUUUAUAGAUUUGUUGUAUUUCAUGUGCGUUUUUUUUUCUUGCUAUAUGAAUAGUGUUUUUGUUUUUUUUCUCUUUCUAUGACUGUACAUUAUACAUUGCUUAACAAUCUCCUGGCACUUUAAAAAAUAAAAUGUUUCAUUUGUCAGGUA